AUGUCAACACCACUUUAUGAUCAGAUGAACGAUGAAACCAACAACUUCGAUGUACCACAACUCAGUGCUGAGUUUCUAGACGAGAUACUUCAGAAAUUCGAUCCAAAUGCCGAGAUUUCAAAUGAUCUAGAUCUUUUGUCAGUGCUGUCUGGUAGCAAUAAUGGAGCUUCGUCUGAUUUCUCACCAGAAUUAAAUUUGAAUUCCUGUAAUGAAGACCAAGUUGAUGAGAUCACUGCUUUUCUAUCAGGUAUACCGCCUCGUUCUAAUAGUUUGGAAAUUAUUGCACAGCCAUGCUAUACUUCAAAAUUGCGAACUCUUCAAGAUAAUCUAAAAGAAAAGCGACGACAUACUCUCAAAGCAAAAAAUAAAAAUUCUCCUUUUACAGGUCCAACAAUUCGUAUUCCAAAAUGUUACUUUAAUGUUGAUGAACAAUAUUAUAUUGGUAUUUUUCUUGUGACAGUUUUCCAUGAAAAAUCAAAUUGUCGCUAUAUACAUCCAUACGGAUUGAAAGAUGUUGAUCAUGAAGAUCGAAAUGAUCAACAGAAUAAUGCUGUUUGGUUUCCGAUCGGAGAUGAAGAUUCGGAUGAUAUUAAAAGUUUUCCAGGUUUACAUAUUGAUAAAAAAACUGGACAGGAGGUGAAAGACUAUGGUACUUUACACCCAUUUGAUGACGAAUAUAGAAAUUCAUUAAAUAAUUUUGUUCCAGAGUUAACUUCUGGAAAAAAAAUAGUUCACGAAUAUAAUCUUAAAAAAACUCAAUUAGCAUUUACUAUUGGUAGGAAAAUAAAUAUAAACGACAGAUUUCCGAGAAUUCUUGAUUCUCACUUAACGAUCUAUUCGGAUGAAAUGAUGGAAGAUACUGAGAAAGAAACAGUUGAAGAUACUAAAUCUACUGAAUCAGUCGCACAGUCGAAUUCACCACCACCUGAUUGUCGUAUGUACAAAUAUGCACCACGAUCCGGUUAUACAGCAGGCAAUGAAGAGGUGCUUAUUUUUUAUACGAAGAAACUUGAAAACAAAUAUGGAAACUUACUAGUUACGUUUGAAUAUGACACACCUAAUAUUAAUGAGCAAACAUCAUUUCCUGCUAUUGACAUCGAAGUUAAAGGUCAAAUGGUAUCGUUUAAAACACCAAUCUUUCCAUAUUCGAUCAAUGAGCCUACACCUGUCAAAAUCAUAUUACAACAAAAGGACAGAAUGUUAGAAACAUUACGAUACUUUUAUGUCCCAAAGUCACAAUGUUCAACAUGUCAAGCGAACAUGAUGAAAAAUCCAGAGCCAUUUAUACGGAAUACUUCAAAUAAACGCACAAAAUCUAGUCUGUGCCAACUUGAUGAUGUAAAUGAUGCUGUUGUACCCGUUUGCGAAAGUAAAACUGAAUUGCGACAAGCAAAAUCAGAACUGGAGUCACAUUCAACUCUCAGUUUAUCGAAGUCAGUUUCUCAGUCUUCAAUCAAUACUAAUCAAACAGAUUAUAAUCAACAGCUUUUGGAUAAACUUUCAGGUUAUAUUGCAACAUUAUUUACUGAUAACGAUUAUAAACCAAUCUUACGCUUCUGUCGACCAUUUAUUCAAAAGCGUCCUGAAUUACUUCAUAUUGCUAUUAAGAAUAAUCAUUCUGAUCUUCUAUCAAAAUUUAUUCCUAUUGCUAAGAUUAAUAUACUUCAACAAAAGAAUGAAUUUGGUGAAACAGUAUUAUUACACGCUACACGUCUCAAUUGUAUCGAUAUUGUCAAAGCGUUAUUAGAAAAAGAAGACUCGGAUAAGCUUCUCGAAGAUAUCAAUAGUAGAGGACAGAAUGUUUUUCAUAUUCUCGCAAUGAAUAUAAAUUCAGAAGAAAUAUUCGAUUUAUUAAUUGAACAUCUUAUAAAAAACUCAAUCAAUAUAUCAGAGAAAUUUGAUCAUGUCGAUGAUGAUAAUCAUACGCCAUUACAAUUAGCUAUUAUCAGCAAUAAUCUUUCAGUAACACGUCAUUUUUUGAAACAUUUCAAUAAAACUGUGUGCAAAACAAAUGAUUAUACUGGUGAUAAUCUUAUUCAUCUUGCCGUACGUUAUAGUAAUUUAACAAUGCUCAAAUUGUUACUCGAUGAUGAAAAACUAAUUGUACAAGGAGUUCAAUCAAAUUUAACGAGGACACCACUUGAAUUGGCUCGAUUGAUGAAACAUAAUGAUAUGGUAGAAUAUUUCAAUGAAAUCUACUCUCAACCAGAAGUUGAUGAAAACGAUAGUUCAGAAGAUGAUUGA